GAGCGCGAGGGAAGGAGCGUAGGUCCGUCGUAUAGAGGAUCUGAAAAUGCGAGAGACACCGCCGGUUCUUCAGUCACAAUAUCGCUUCCAUCCGGUCCGUUUCGACGACAUCGACGAGAUCGAUGACUCGUCGACGCUGCCUUCUUCCGCCUCUCUUUCCGUAGACAUCCGGUCCGCGAAAGUGGGUGCUUUUCUCUUUCCCUUCUCUCAUUUUCGAUGUUCGUGAAUUUUUAAAGCUCGCCGCGUCACGUGCUUCUCUUUUCUUUUCGCGGAGAAAGAAAUUUAAUCUCUCUUUAUUGAUAUAUUUCUCUACAAUUAAAAAGAGAUACCUGUCUAUGGAUUUUAGAUUUCAAUUAUCUGAUCGAGAAAUUUCUUCAUGCUAUCGAUUGGAUCGCUAGAGAUCGUAAUGUAUGUUAACGGACGACUUUUGCGUAAGAAAUAAAAGAACCUAUUGGUUCCAGCGAAAUCGCAGCGUGAUUACUGCAAGACGAUAAAAAGGAAACCCGAGGAAAUUGCAAGGUUGCAAUCGGCGUGAUCAUGAUUUUACGAACCUGUCUUUGCCUCAAUCUCUUGACGGUUUCAGCGCUGUGUUUGACAGCGGAUGAGAUCGAGGCCCAGAAGAGCGGCUGGAAUCUAAAUCCCAACACACAGUAUCAUAUUCAGACCGAUGAGGGUCCAGAAAGGUUUUUUCGCUUUCAAACAUCGAACGGUCAGUACAGAAAAGAAAAGAGAUUGGCUGACGGCACGGUGAUCGGAACGGAAGGCUGGCUGGACCCUCUUGGAUAUUUACGAUUAAAGGAUUAUAUCGCGGAUCAUGAAGGAUUCCGAAUACUAAGAUCAAAGAUGGUCUAUGUGGGUAAGGAUCGACCAAUCCAGGACGCAAUAGCGGAAACAAAGAAGAUCCCGGCACAAACUGGAGUUUUGGCCAGACCCAGAAGACCACCCAAUCCUUUCAGACGACCAGAUCCCAAUGCCAUUGUACCGUUAUCCGGUAAUGAUAUUACUUCCGGUUAUCACACUCCGACUACCAUCAGACCUCGACCGAUUUAUUCAUCGACUUCAAGGAACAAUUAUUAUUCGAAUCGAUCAGGUUACUCUUCUGGAUCUGGAUUUCAGAGCCUGAAUACUUAUCAGCGACCACAGACUACUUACUAUCGCGGAUCAGUCGCUCGACCACCGACUCAACUUCUCGAAGCUCCCUAUGAUUCCGCUAUCGGUAGCUCUUCCAGCAGACCGAGCUAUCAUGCUCCAAUUUCUCGAAGCGAUUCCGCCGAUUUCCCGCCAUACGAUGGCACUUAUAGCACGGCAAACGGUUUCCAAUAUUACCUAAGAAGGCAAUACCACGAGGAGGAACGAGAACCCGAUGGCAACAACGUUGGUUCGUUCGGCUACAUCGAUCCAUUCGGUAUCAGACGGGUGAUUUAUUACAAAACGGAUCCAGUUACUGGCGGAUUCCUUCACAAGAAGAACAACCGAUACGUUGGCUUCAAUGCAACGCCGUACGAUCCGCUUCCGCCCGAUCUAUCCAGGACACGCGUCUCGAGAGCCUCUUCGACGAGAGCUCCCUCAUCGUAAUAGUUCCCUCGUUGUUCAUCGCUUUGCCACGACGUUUAUCUCGAGAAGCUUAUCACAUCCGAUUCCGCAUCGACGCUGGAUUUCACCAACGCUAGAUGGCCUCGGUUCGACUCGAUGAUCUCGAUGGCGAGACCGUUGGAUUGAACCGCCCAUUGUCGAUGUUCUCUGAAGAAAUUCUUAUUGAUCGUCGAUUUUCCGGCCGCGAUAGAACUGACGAAUGUUGAAGGAAGAAAGGAUGAUAAAUAGAGUCUCUUGAGCAGAAAUAGAGACGCUCUAUGUUUCAUGGAAAAGAAUAAUGUUCCUCGACAGAGAAUUCUUGUUCACCAACGUUGCUUAUACAAUAUUUUUUCAAAGUGCCACGAUCUUUUUUCUCAUGUACGACUCCGUUGUGUCAUUGUUGUCAACGGUUGCCAGUAUUAUCCGAAAUAAUAUAGCGAUACGAGGAAUGCAAGGAUCGAUGGAAUCAGGAGACGAUCAAGAUGCGGUGUGGAAAAAAGUUUAAUGGAGAAGAAAAUAUAUAAGAUUAUAUAAAGAAGCGAGAUAUAAACACAAAGACAUAUCGAGAAUCUCUCAUCGCUUCCUGAUUCAUCGUUCUGCUAUUGUUGCGUUAUUAUCGCGAGCAGAUGAUCGGAUACCGCGAGGAGACGACGUUAGAUGCCAUGCUGGACUAGAUUUAGUUUUCAGGGAAGCGCGGUGGGACUUCCUUGAAAGAAAGAAAAAUCGUCUCGGACAAUGUUCGCCAAGUUUUCCAGUUACGUCAUCGAUUUAUACGAAGCGUGCGAAGAUUCUCGGUCACUAUUGUCUCGUGCAUGCUUCGUACGAGUAAGCUUACAUUUUCACACCAAAAGAUACUUUAGAAAGUUUAUUCUCAUUCUUACAAGAUCUUGUUAAACUGGUUUAACUUUUCAUGGCAAGAUUUUGAAGGGAAAUCUUUUGUUCGAAUUGAUUGCCUUUGGGUGUAAACUCCCACAUAUUUCUGCGCAAUCCUUAUUUUUCUUUUAUCUUUUUUUCUACUGUUGGCGAAUAUUGAACUACGAUAGAAGAAGAGAUUCCACCAAACGAAUCAAAAUAGAAUAGGCCGGCACUUUGGCGUGAGCGGAUCGUACGUUAAUCCUACAACGCGUUAUCCUUUUUUUUAUAUGUUAGGAAUUUUACCAUAGCAAAAUAUCAAUUGCAUAAAUUUCAAGAUAAUCCACUCAAUCAUUUAAACUAUUAUUUAAAUUAUUUAAAUUAUUGAAUUAUAUCUUAAAAAAUUUUAAUACUAAAAACUAUAUUUAUACAAGCACAUAUAUAUUAUCGAGCUUCGCGAUAAUAAAUUACAAGAUAAUGCAUUCGAUUAUUUAAAUUAUUAUCAAAUUAAAUCUUUAAAAUUAUCUUAAAAUUAUCUUUUAUCUUAAAAAUUUUUAAAAACUAUAGUCACACAAGCAUAUAUUAUCGCGCUUCGUAGGAUUUAGGAUAUAGGAUAUUCUGCGCAUUGUAGGAUUAAUCCAGCGCCGCAGAUUCGGAAAAACCUUUGAUAGCUUUGUAUCUCCUACUCUGCUGACGCUAACGUAGUUUUCUUUCUACUUUAAUACGUGCGUCCGAAUAUUUCUACGUAUUAAUUGAUCUGCUGCCGUUUAAGGUAUCCGCUCGUGCCAAACGACGAAAAAAUCUUGUAGCAUUAGUUAAUCGUUAAGUUAAACUUUAUUAAGUCGCGACAAUGGUGCUGAUUGUUAGCGGAUACACCGUGCGCUUUCCGUUCUUUUAUAGCGAUGAGAACCGUGCCGUUCCGCUCUGUGCAUGUAGUUAAUUGCGAUUUUCGGAUUAUAAAAUCCCUCGCGAGCGACAUUAUCAUCGACACAUCUGUCUGGAGGUCAAGGAACACGAUCCAUGUGUAAGAUAUCGCUUUGUGCUUAACUUAUUUCGUAAUAAAUGCGAGAGCGAAUAAUCGCUCGAACACAAAAAUAUGUGAUAUGAAAUAAUUUACGAAGAUCAAGUAAAUAAAAAUCUAUUUAACAUGUGCAGGUAUUAUUUCGCAAAGAAAAUUAAGAGAUAAAUAAAAAAGAAGCUGACAGUUUCAAGAAUUCUCCAUUAUGUGCUAUGAAGACUACGUUUGAUGUGAAAUUAUAAUACAUGUCACAUCAAUUUUGAAUACUAUCGGCAUUCGUAACAAAUUUAACAUUUUUAGUUACACUUGAUCCAUUUCCGACACAUGCAACUUAUUGUAUUUUACUUAAAAAUUGACAAAAAUAUUGUGUAUGCUAAUAAAUUUCGUUAAGAUUGCUAGAAAUUGAAUAAACUGAUUUUAUAUUUAGAAAAAUAUCAAUAAUAUCCUAGUUGAAAUAGAUAAAAAGUCCUCGAUAUCAGAAUAUCGCGAAUGCCUGACUUUAUUUUGAUAACAUAUAUUUUUUUUCCAUCAAGUUAUAGUACUACGUGUUACAAAUAUUUUCAUCGAUUUAUUUAAAAUUUCUUUUUAAAGGGAGAUAUUUAGUUUAUAUAAAUCUAUUUCUUCAUAGAAUUUUUUAUAAAAUUGACUUUAUAAAUCUAUUUGUCAUAAUGUUUUUUAAAUAAACACCGAUAAUUUUAAUUAUAAUACUUAUCUGGCUUCAAAAAGAAACGGUAUUAUUAUCGUGCCUCGCGUUGUGAAUAUAAAAAUAUUUUAUCACACGUACCACGCGUCACACAAUGCAAUCGCGGAGCGUGCACGCCGAUCUCGCAUGUCGCAUAAUUGUAAUAACAGUGCAGCGUGUAUCCAGAAGCAUCGGCAUCUGCUUAUUCGAUCAUCAUACUUCAUUUAAAGUUUCUCCGGCCUUGACGCGCUACCUCGUUAAAAGUUUCACUGGCCUCGGAGUGUGCUCUCUUUUCUCUUCUCUCCGAGCACAAAGACUGACGCCUUCAUAGAUUGUGUGAACAACAAAACUAAUAAUAAAGAUGCUUUGCUUUGUUAAAUAUAUGCUCUUCUAUUCCCUUUUUUCUUCCUAUUUUCAAGCAGAAAUCAACCGCGCAUUUUUAUGGAUCGCUUAUGCAACUUUUAUACUACUGCGAUUUCUUAUUUCGCAGAAAAUUUAUUGAAUGUCUCUGCAUGUUUAUGUAACUCGUAGAAAUGUGAGACUGGCAGAGAGUCUAUUUAUUUAUUCGAAGAACGAUUAUUUGACUUUUUUUGCCAUCAAAUAUUGAUUUCUGUUUUCUACUUUUGUUCCUAAUUGCUACUGUAUCUAUAAGAGAUAAAUAGUUCUCAAAAUUGCAAUUUAAUAUUUUCGUAAAUACAUUUCUCUAUAAUAAUCCGAAGAUAAAAAGAAGGAAUAAUGUAAAAUAUUAAAUAAAUUGUAUAACAUAUAAAAAACGAAAUGCUAUAUAUAAAGGAUAUCUUUACAUAGUUAAAAAAAAGAUGCUUGGAAAAAAAAUUUUUUACAUAAUGAUAUCAAAAGGAAAAUUAAUAUAAAACAUUUGUCAAGAUUUUAAGACUUUGCAUAUUAAAGAAACAUAAGUGUUACAUAUAAAAGAUAUCAAAAUAAUAGCACUAUAAAUGAACGUACAUACGAUUAGAUUAGGUCGUUGGUAAGAGUUACUCUCGUGACCUUCUUCAUAGCAACAUACGAGGAAUGACAAUUCCCAACAUUUGAAGAGCACAAUUGCAAUGUUUCUAUUAUAGAGAGAGAGAGAGAGAGAGAGAGAGAGAGAGAGA